AGUGCAGACAUUCACUCGUGUCCAGAUCUGUGAAAGAUAGGGAGGUGUGAUAUGUGCAGGUAGUGCGUCGCCUAGUGCUGUGUGAUUGAACCGUUGCCCAGUCGGACGACUCCAGAUGCGAUGACGUAUUUCUAGCUUCUUUCAUGUUGUGGACCCUGGACAGAUACUUUAAGAUGCAAGAAAUCGAGUGUUCGAGUAAGACUGACAGUGAGAUGCCGCCCUACCUUGCGAAAUACGAGAGUCCCAUGUCCUCCAGAUCCGCCAGUCCUUGUGUGCCGGAAAAAGACGCCCAAAAAUACGCUUCGGACGACGAGAUCAGCGUCGGUUGUCCCAGUCCCGUCAACAACUCCUCGUCCCACUUCCAAGAGUCCGAGAACGACGACCAGAAUUCCCAAGAGUGCCGGUGUCCAGAGGCCGAAGUCGAGGACUAUUUCAAACCCUUAAAAAAGCUCAAAAUGGCGGAACCGGACAGGCAGAUAUCGCCCACGAUGGAGGUAGACGAACACUCGAACAGUGGCGUGAAAAGUUUUUCGAUAAUGGACAUCUUGAACCACAAACCGGCCAAAACGGCGCCCACUAGGAUAGUCCGACCGUGGGACAUCGACACGGACAUGGACGCCCAGCAGAGGCUGGAGUCCUUCCACAGACAGUUGACGGUGCAAAAACUGGCCCUCUUGAGGCCCGAGUUCGCGAAUUUCAACGCGAGCUACACGUCCGAAACGGCGAGCGACAGGUCGUCUAGCGUCGCGAGCGACUGUUGCUCGCCGGAUAUUGUGUCGCCGACGGUGCAGAGGCCUAGGCCGCAAGGGAAGCAACCGGGAGCGACGCCUCUGGACGCCCUCUUCCAGAUGACGUCCAAGACGUUCGAUUCUAGCCAGGGAGAAAGUAGCGCAGAUGGACAGAACCACCUUAACCUCUUCAACAACAGGCAGCAACCGAAGAAAAAGAGAAAAUCUCGCACUGCCUUCACGAACCACCAGAUUUUCGAGCUGGAAAAGCGGUUCUUGUACCAGAAGUACCUCAGUCCAGCCGAUAGGGACGAGAUAGCGUCUAGUCUGGGCCUGACCAACGCUCAGGUGAUAACGUGGUUCCAGAACAGAAGGGCCAAGUUGAAGAGGGACAUGGAGGAGCUGAAGAAAGAUGUGGAAAGCGCCAAGCUGUUGUCCGCCCAUAAGAGUUUCUUGGAAAACGUCCAAGACUUGGGUAUUUUAAAGAAGAAAGCCGUCAUCUGCGAGGAUGAUUGUCCAAAGAACCUGGUAGUGGCGCCUGGUAAAUAAGGCUGAAAAAUGCGAAAGACUUAUGUGUAUAUAAGUGAGAAUGUUCUUCGAAUGUCGAAUUUUCUCUUGUCGCUAUAGUUCAAUUGUAAAAAUUCUCGUGAUCGUACUAAUCCCAUUCAAACCAUCAGUGUACAAAUUGUAAAAAGUUAAUUUAAGUUUGAGAUGGAGAUUGAUGUAUUUAUAACACUUGUAUCAUAUUGUUAAGUUGUACGCAAUAUUUAUUUUACGUCUCAUGACGGGUCUCUGCAAUAUUUUCCUAAUACGGAGGAGCUUUAGUAUCAGAUUUGUCAUUAUUGUCAUUGUCUUAUUAAAAUUCUCUAUAAGAA